AACGCGAGGAAGCUUUGUAGUGAUUCACUUAUUGAACAAGCUGAUGGAUGAGAAUGGAAGAAGAGUAGGAGUUAACUGGAGCUGAACAAAUCUUUCUUUGAAUUUGCAGAGCUUUUAAAAGUUUUCCGUUCUUUUUCGUAUUUGAAGAAAUAAUAGCCUUUCUUGGGUUUUCUAAUUCCUAAAGCAGUGUUGUACUUUUUUAGCCAACUAUUGAGGAGAGAGAAUUCAACAAUGAUUCAAAAGCUAUGCAAGUAGAAGAUAUGAAAAGAGAAUCAAUAGGAUACACUCCAUUCAACUGAAUUGUAUUUUUUUGAAAACAUGUUUUCUCUUGACAGAAUCCACAAUAUCAAAUGUCACUAUUAGUCCGCGAGUAUUUUCAGAGAAAGAGACAGUAGUUAUUGAGUCUACUAUGUUAUAGAAAUUGGGUAUUGAUAAUGCACUUGUGUGUAAGUCAAUGUUGUUUCUGAUAUGAGAAGUCAAAAGAGAGAUAGACAAUGUUUCUGGUUUCUGAUAAAACCACGAGAUAUUUUUGAGCCUUUUUUGCACCUUUUUUUGGUUUGUCUUUUGCUAUCAUCAACUUUUGUAGCUUUAGUGAUAAACUGCUACUUGUCGUGAUAUCGUAAGAAAGGAAUUUGAUAAUUGCUGAGAAUAAAGCAGUGCUGUGCUUGCGGGUUUCUGCAUUUCUACUAAAUAAUAUAUUUCAACUGGAGCUUUUGAAUAGACUACAGAAGAGAAUGACUUGGUUCAUACUCUAGUUCCGUGUUUCGAAAUGAAGCAAAAGUGACGUAAAAACUAUUCCAUAAAAUACAGAAAAUCUAGAGAGACGUCUAUGGAACAAAUUCUUCAUGAACAAUCUAUAUUGCUUGGAACUCUCAUGACUACUCUCGAAAAUUCUGAAAGAAACUUUCUUAUAUAUGUGAGAAUGGGCCAUGUUCAAUAGCUUUAUACUCUCAAAGAGCAUAAAAAACUUGUGAAAUAAACAUUGGCUUCCUUCCAAUCCUCCUUGUACCCUAUGAGAGUUACCAUUAUAUUAGCAUACGAGAAUAAAAAUAUCGAUAGUUGAAAAAGCCAUAUUGAUCGUUCUUCUAUAGUUCAAGUCAUCUCAGUCCAAGCCCUAAAAGGUAUGACAUAGUCAUCAGUUGAUACAGAAAACAAGUUGGGUUGGUAUCCUUUACUGUUUUCUCGUUGUUGUUGGUAUGAAUGGCAAACAGUCAAUCAUUUAUUUAUUUAUAUUUAUACUCAAAAAUAAACCACAGGUUAUUCAAUUUUAUUUUAGCGAUGGCGAGCUUGGAUGAAAAGUGGAAAGCUGUGGACAACUUUAAGUCUGUUGUGGUAGAUCGUGAAAGAGAUGUUGUUCGAGUGACAAAAGAACUGUAUGAUCUUCAUAGCAACAGAGAACAACUCAGGGUUGUAACAAGUAGUAACAACUAUCGCUUGACCAUACCAUUCGCUCCGCACAUGUUCGGUUCUGGCAAGACCACGUUUUAUGUAACCUAUUUGGAGUUGGUGCGAUGGUUUAGUGAAACUUCCCUGUCGACUUUUGCUUGGAAACCUUUGAGGAGAACCUUUCUGGAGAAGCUGAAAAGGGCUUCGUUGCUUUACAUCGACCUAAGGCUGCUAAAGCCCACUCUCCCCACCGAAGAAAAACGCAACCUUGAGUGGGCAGUCUACUAUUUGUUAAUAAAGGCUGCUUGUCUGCAAUCAGGUCUUCCGCAACCAGACCCGGACGAAUGUUUCAAGGAACUGAAACUUAGGACUGAUGCUGUGGUUCAGAAAUUCCGUUCAAUCUUAAACAUUCCUUCGGAUCAAUAUCUUCUUAUAGCAUUUGAUGAAGUUGGUGUCCUAGACGAAAGUCUCGACGAAUUUCAUUUCAAGAGAACCCACGACGGUAGAGUUCGACCAUACAACGACUUUAUCGGUAUCAUUAGUCAAUUGUGCAAAGAACCCGACUUGUUUUUUAUAGUUGUUGGGAAAAGUGAAGGCUUAAAUAUAUAUAAUUACGUAGCUUCAGUCUCAAGAGUUCAGUUAGUAUUUAUUCCUCUUUCGCCGCUUGAGAAACAUAGUAUCGUGGAACAUUUGGAGAAAAGUUCUUCCUUUUUAUUCCCUGGGAGCCCAAAGGUUUCAGAAAUUCUUUGUCACGAAGACUUCUCAACUAGUGAACUUGCAGAAUUGUUGUUGGAAUUGACUGGUGGUGUUCCUGGUUUACUUGUUCGAGCAAUCAGUUACCUUUUGCUGUAUAAAUCAUCCAACAACAAUUUCUUAUUAUCUAAGGAAACCUUCUUGAUCAUAAUGAAUAGCUUUCUAGUAACAAAUUAUUGUGUUGCGACAUUCUUACCUCGUCUGAUAAGUCUCAGUGAGCAGCGUAAGCGCUUGUUAAGAAUGCUUACGUUAUUAUCUUUGUAUCGUAUUCGAUUUGAUUUUGAUGAAACUGUGCAAAUAAGCUCAAAUUCUGAUGUGUUUUUGUUUGACCUAGUUACAGAUAUGUAUCUCUAUCGUCGAUUGGUUAUAGAACCAGACCGCAACGAACGCUAUGAAGUGUUGAUUCCCAAGUUACUGAUUGAAUAUAUUGACCAAGGCUUAAAGGAUGAUCGUUUAGAAUGGUUACUUUUACAAACUCUCAAGUCUCAAUCUGUUGAUUUCUUUUAUGAGUCGAAAUGUCGAAUUUUGGAAGGUCUUAUUGCUACACUGUUUUAUUUACAUUUUUCUCGGCAUCCUACAAACAGCUCAAUGUUGUCUACUCUUGGUCAAUUGUCUCGUGUUUGGAAUGAAAUGAAUUUACAAUUUUCUUCCGAAUCUGCUGCUUAUUAUAUGAAAUCUAUACAUUAUACCAGAACUGUAUCAGGAACAGAGAGAAUGACAUUUGGAAGCAAUGAUGAAUGGGAAAGGAUAGUGGAAGAAAUGUUAGAAUUUGAAAAGAUAUAUAUUCCAUUUCAUUCAACUUUUCAUAGUCCAGAUAUAUUAUUCAAGUUGCAUGGAAGAACGAAUGAGAAGAACUUGAUGGUGGGUAUUGCUUGUAAAGGCCGAUGGAGUCGUAGUGGUAUUCGAUGGAAUGAAAUUUUGGAAGAAGCUCACAAGUUUUUAAAACCAGUGCAUGAUCAAGUAUUGACUAGUCAUCCUACAUGGCAUUGUAUGUUGAUUAUUAUGAGUACUCAGUUAGCAACCAACGUAUCUGAGGACUUGAAUUAUUCUAGUCGUUGUUAUUCAUCUGGCGAUAGUGUUGAAGAUUUCGUGAUUCCUCACAACUGUGAAUUGGUUAUUCUUUCUGAAGCUGAUGUAGAAAACUUUAUUGGCAAAGACAUUUUAUCAAAUUUAAGGAACGCUUUCAAAUCUGUGGAUAAUCCACAUUCGAGAAAUAUUGGCAUUUCAACCCUACAAGAAAUAGUUUUAUCUCUUUCCAAAAAUAUUUAGGAAUAUUUUGUUUUAAUAUCUGAGAAGUUUUAC